CCCUCCACAGCUCCAGCCAUCCCGGUACACUCCUCAGUCCUCACCGGCGACUCGGGCCCGGAACCCUAGGCACAGCGAUCGCCGGCGAGCAGGCCAUGGAUGGCGGCACGGCGGAGCUGCGCGAGACCCACCGCCUGGUUGGCCACGCCGACCGCGCGUGGGCACUCGCCUGGAACCCCAACCCGGGCGCCGGCGCCGGCCCCGUCCUCGCCUCCUGCGGCGCCGACAAGACAGUGCGCAUCUGGAAGCGCGCCCCCGACGGCGCCUGGCACUGCUCGGAUGUGCUCGAAGGCGUGCACGAAAGCACGGUGAGGUCCUGCGCCUGGUCCCCCGACGGGAAGCUGUUGGCGGACGCGAGCUUCGAUGGCACGACGGCGAUUUGGGAGUACUCCGGUGGAGACUUUGAGUUGGUCGACACGUUGGAGGGGCACGUGAACGAGGUGAAGAGUGUGUCGUGGAGCCAGUCCGGUUCGAUGGUCGCGACGUGCAGCCGGGACAGGGCAGCGUGGAUAUGGGAGAUUCUGCCGGGGAACGAUCACGAGUGCGUAGAUGUGCUGGAGGGGCACACUGAGGAUGUGAAGAUGGUCCAGUGGCACCCGUUCUUUGAUGUUCUGGUUUCUGUCAGUUAUGACAAUACGAUCAGGGUCUGGGCUGAUGACGGCGAUGGUAAAUGGCCUUGUGUACAGACAUUAACUGAAGCCGGUAACAGUGGUCAUUCCUCAACAGUAUGGUCAAUAUCUUUUAACCAGAAAGGAGAUAGGAUGGUCACAUGCAGUGAUGACUGUACUUUGAAAAUUUGGGAUGCGAGUAUUGAUUUGUCGCAACCAACAACUGGAGAAGGUCAUGAAUCUUGGCGUCAUAUUUCUACUCUAUCUGGAUAUCAUGGCCGAACUAUUUUUUCAGUCCAUUGGUCAAGCGAGGGUGUAAUUGCCAGUGGGGCAGGUGAUGAUGCUAUCUGCUUAUUUGCCGAGGAGAAUAGUAUGGUUGAGGGACCUUCCUACAGAUUAAUACUGAAGAAAGAGAAGGCACAUGACACGGAUGUAAAUUGUGUCAGAUGGUGUCCUCAGAACCCAAGGGUGCUGGCAUCCGUGAGCGAUGAUGGCACAGUCAAAUUGUGGGAGCUGCAGGGGGAUAUACUGGAUUGAGUUGUACUCUUCUGCUGUAAUAUGUUUAUAGUUCUAGCUGUGCAUCUUAAGAUCAUACUGUAGAACAGAGUAGGGAUCACCUUUUUUUUUGUUUCCUUUUUCCAAAACAAUGCUCCCUAGUUCAGCUAAUACUUUUGUGUACCCGGAAAAGCUUUGAUGGUGAUGAUCAUUUAAAGAUCCCAUCCAAGCUACAAGCUCUGGCAUCCUGACAGGAUGUGGAAUUGUUCGUGUACACAAUGUGAAACAAUAGACUUGUUACAUA